GGCCGUCGAGUUCAAAAUAAAACAAUCAACAGCGAACCGGCUCCGCUCGUGGUUGGACGCGCGCCGCUGUGCCUUUGCCUGCCGUACCGACGAAAUAAAUAAACAUUUGGCGGGAAUGUGCAGAUUCGAAAUUUGAAUGUGUUUUCCUUUUUCAAUUUUUAAUUUAUUGAAGACGAUUUAGUUUUUUUUUAUAGAAUUAUUUUUACUUUUUUUUUGUGAAAAAGUUUGGUCGUACAGUUCGUGUUUUGGACCUCAAGUGAUGGAUUAAGUGGACUAAUGUGAAAUAUUUUGAAGUGUAAUGCUGAGUUAUUGAAAGGACUGCCUCCUGCAUGCGGAUUUAAAUUCAUGAUAUCGAAAUGUGGCGAGUGAAUGGAUUACUAUAGUGCUUUCUUCAAAAUGGCGGGUUGGUGAUUCAAAAUGGCGCCAACAAUGGUGACUCCCGCGCACGAACGUUACGCGCGUGACGUUGAACUCCGACCGCAACAUUCGAGAGAUGGAUCUCGAGAUUCGGGCAUCUUUCACACCACUAAAGGACUUUGGAAUGCUCCUGGACAGAACAACUGCUUUUUGAAUAGUGCUGUACAGGUGCUUUGGCAUCUGGAUAUAUUCCGGCGCAGCUUCCGCGAGCUCACUGGCCACGCUUGCCUCGGACCGUCCUGUAUUUUUUGCGCCCUAAAGGAACUAUUCACGCAGCUACAAUGGUCUGCCGAACGGGCACCCGCCGCGGACGGUCUCCGGCGCGCCCUGGGCGGCGGCGGGGCUCGCUUCCAACUGGGCUGCAUGGCCGACGCCAGCGAGUGCUUCGAGCACCUGCUCCUGCGAGUCCACGCUCACGUGGCUGCCGGCUCCGGUGACAGAAGAGAUGACGAUGCGUGUCGAGCGCCGCACUGCGUACCCCACCGAAAGUUCGCCAUGAUGCUCGUCGAACAGUCCGUAUGCGGCGCCUGUCAAGCUACCUCGGAACCUCUGCCUUUUACUCAGAUGGUUCAUUACGUAUCCGCUACUGCGCUGACAGCUCAAGCGGCUCUGGGCGAGCAUGGUGACAGUUUCGGCUUGUUGCUGAGGAAAGCAGGAGGAAUGGGCGAUAUCAGGGACUGUCCGAAUGCAUGUGGAGCGAAGAUUCAAAUAUGCAGAACGCUAAUGAAUCGUCCAGAGGUGGUAUCUAUUGGCAUGGUGUGGGACUCUGAGAGACCGGCGGCGGAGCACGUGGCCGCCGUGUACGCCGCGCUGGGCACCGAGCUGCGUCCCACUGACGCCUUCCACGCAUGCGUCGACCGAGCCUGGGCCGCCCGCGCCACGCACCGCCUCGUCGGACUCGUCACCUACUACGGCAAGCACUACUCCACCUUCUUCUUCCAUAGUAAACUCCGCCUCUGGAUAUACUUCGACGACGCGGAUGUCAAAGAAAUAGGACCGGAGUGGUCACACGUCGUGGAGAAAUGUCAAAGAGGACGAUUCCAACCGCUCCUUCUGUUGUACGCUGCGGUCGAUGGAACGCCGUGUGACACUCGUCAUGCUCCUAAAGAUGUUGUUCCAUUCCCGGCGCCCGAGCCUCGCCGAGCGGUCACGCCGGCACCCGAACGACCCGCAAACGGAUUUGCUAGGCGGGCCGUCACGCCAGGCCCAGACAAUGAAAGUGACUACGUUAGUAGGAAAGCUGUAGAAAACAUGCUUGAAGUUCAAGCCAACCGACGCGCACAACUCAAUCGAAGUCUGAGUACGGGGUCUGGAUCUGACACCCAAGAAAGGCCGCGAGCACGGCGGGAUUCUGGCAACUGGAGCGGUGACCGCAACAGUGCGUCAUCUGCGUCAUCCUCCACCGCCGAGAGCCCCUACAUGUACCCCAGGGGUCGCGGUGCGGGCAGCGUGCCCGGCAGCCCUACGCGCAAGGGAGAGCUGUCUAGCGGCGGUUCUUGUGAUGCCGGCUACGACUCAUACUCCCUAUCCUCUACAGACAGCCUACCUCUACAACAGGGUCUGCGCCAUAACCUUCAACUGGCGCAGAUACCAGAGAUAACAACACGUGGUGAAUGUGAGGCUCUUUGCUUAGAAGCAGACAGGCUACUUGAGAAGUCUCGCAACGCAGAGGAUUCGGCUGAUUAUGAAACAGCUCUAGUGUUAUGCGAUGCAGCCGCAACAAAAGCUCGUGUGGCUAUGGAUGCUCCCUACAAUAAUAGACAUAUGGUGACAUUUGCUCGCAUGAAACACAACACAUGCGUAAUGCGGGCACGCAGUCUCCAGAGGCGAAUGGCUGGUAUGACCAGAGUAACUGAAAUACCCCAGGCUGCCCCAAUCAGAAACACAAAAGGCGGUCUCGAAGCCACACCUAUGACAAUCGAAAUCUAUGCCACAUUACCCAAAAAGAAGGGCUCUUCAAAGAAAUCACCCAGAUGUAUUGAUGAUGAUAUCGAUACAGUGACUCGCGAGCGACCUCCGAGACACAAAUCAAGGGAUGAAGACAAAGUUAAAGAAAAGCGGUCAAGAAGUGAAGACCGGAGUCGAGCUCGAAAAGAAGUUCCCGUUGUAAAGACUACAGAAAAGAAAGAGGAAUCGGCUGAAGAUAAGAAAGCUAACAAGAAACAACAUAAAAUACGUAGAAAGUUGUUGAUGGGCGGUUUGAUACGUAGGAAGAACAGAUCGAUGCCAGACUUGACGGAAGGCGCUGAUGGUAACAACGAAACCACUAACAAAGAGAAGCGCGUAUCUUCCGUGGAUGACACUGAAGUCGGCCGGACGAUUGAUGAUAAGACAAACUUGAGCGGCUACUUGUCGGAAGGGCACCUAGAAUACUCAGUUGCGAGCGGUACUAAUCCAAACCUUGAAAGAAGCAAACUGAUGAGAAAGAGCUUCCACGGCAGUGCAGGCAAGAUGUUAACAGCCGCCAAAGUGCCACCUCCGCCGCCACUUCGCACUACGUCCCAACUCACUGGUUCCAAGUACGCUUAUUCUGAACAUGGGAAGGGUACUUAUCCAUCUGAAAUUGAAGAAGACGGUGGAUUCUCGGAGCAGUAUGGUGACGAGCCGCAUUCGCUACCGUUCUUGCACCCUUAUGACGAAAAGCCUGGCAAUCACUAUGACAGGUUAGACACUUCGCCAGCACAGAACUUCCACACUGUGGUUACGAAGGCUAUGAUACACCAAGAGCAAAGCCCGGUAAAGAGAGACACGAUGCAACCCAUAAUGCCGUCUCACAACACGAUACAGAACCUCUCGCACACGUUCGAUGCGGGUGUGGACGUUGUGGACUGUGCACCGCCGCGCAGGUCUCCCACCAUGUUUGAGCUGCCACCCUACCCCAGCCCCAUGAACUCCGUAAACCACUCGCGACAACCCAGUGAAGAGUUCCCGCCACCGCCCCCACCUAUCGAUCUAACACCACUACAUGACGAACUCGAAAAGAUUCAGACCAUUAGUGAAAUGUCCAUGCCAAACGAACUAGAAGUGGCCAAAGGAACCUUACUGGCGAGCCUCCAGGAGAAGAGAAAUCAAAUUUUGAGAAAUGAACAAUGUGCUCCUCAAAUGCCUCAAAUUGAAAAGCAGAAUACCCACCCAACACUGUUGAAGGAACUGCAAGCCAAACAGGCCUCAUUUAAAUUAAAGAGGUCGGGAUCGUUAGAGGGGCAGUUAUCGUCGAGUCCUAUGGAAGCACACAAUGUGUAUGAAACCACAAAUAGCGUUAGGAAUAUUGCCUCCAGAUUCGAAAAUAACACUCAAAACCAAUCACAAGAAGGUGACAGAACACAUAUAGGUUUUGUAGGCAUGAGUGGAAAUAGAGACGUGAUCAACUGUUCUGACCAAUCCAACGCUGGACUCAACCGUCGUGCGUCAGCAUCCUCAAUUGAUCCCAAACAAAUUGAGGAAGAACAGUGUGAUCAGAAAUCGGCCAACAACACUUACGGCGACCGGUCCAAACCUAAAAAGAAAUCAGUGUCCUUCUGUGACCAGGUGAUAUUAGUGUCCACCGCCGAAGACCAGGAAGACGACAGUUACAUCCCGAACCCUAUCUUAGAGAGGGUACUGAAAUCUGCGAUGAACAAACCUGAGCUCACGACAAUGCCACUCCAAUCAGACAAGCCGUCACUUCAGCGACAAGACUCUUUUGAUAGUCAAUCAUCACGAUCGACGAUAUCAUCACUAUCACAAAAUUCAUUCGUCCCUAAAGAGAAUUCACACGCCGAGUACGUUAGAUUACAAAACAAUUAUCCAGCCUAUCAGAUGCCUCCGAAUCGUUUACAACAACAAUUUAACGCACAAAAGAACAAUAGUGUGUACGGGACGAACUCGCCAGUACAAACUACUCAAAAUCAAAACGGAGUCAACAGUAAUCAGAUAUACCAAACGCUUCCCUCCAGCACACCUCAGAACACCACCAGCCCUAUCCCAUACAAUCAGCCACCGUCAGUAUACCCGAACCACAGCAACGCUAGCCCACCGAACUUUAGCCAAACGCCUGCAAACAGAUUAACGCCCACGCACAAUCCCGCCUAUAUGUCAAAACACCCCGUCAACCUUCAGAGACCCGUGCCCAACGCCGGGCACACAACCGCUCAGCUGCAUCCAAUGAAUCAGGCCAUCAACAACGCCUACUACCACCGAGUGCCGCAGACAUCGGCCGCCACCACGAUGCCCAGCAACAACUACACAACAAACCGCCAAUACGCACACAAUAUGCCAAACACCAUACAUUCGCCUUAUCAAAGCGUGCCCACCAAUUCGCCAGCUUACCAGAGCUACCACAACCCACCGACAAGCUAUGCGAGCUCAGAAUAUUCUAGUCGAUACCCACAGGCGAACAGUACAAACCACUACACCCAGUCACCAUACCAGAGGGUACCGCCACCACACGGUGACGUACCGGUCGAUAACUACAAUAAUUUCCCACAGAAAAUGUCUAACAAUUACUACGUAGACAAUCCUUCCGGUCAGCCGCGUGUUCAAGAUACGAGGCAUUAUGCCAACACGCAACACCAACGCGCCGUGUAUAGCCAAAACGUUAAUGUAGAUAGUAAUGUAAAUACCGAGCAAAUGGGGCAGUACCAAUAUGCUCAGAACGGUUACAAUCCGUACCAACACAUACCGCCGCCAAAGCAGUUGCAGAAGAAGUCUGUUUCCUUUGAGCCGGGCACAAAGGGUGGCACAGAUUCGCCAAUACCACCACAAAUGAAUGGCAACCCUCUAUACCCGACUGGCGAAUCUCAGCCCCCGCAGAAGACUGUUUGCAACUUAUGUCGCAAGAAAACCAUCAACCCACCGGCGAUGUACUGCCCCGACUGUGAUUUUUACAUGUCUCGGUUUAAACCACGCUCAUAGCAAUAAAUAGAAAUUGCUAGAUGCGAAAAAUUUGUACUCAAUAGUAUAACUAUUACAAUAGAUUUGUAUUUUGAACCCAUAUGGGAUGUUAGUAGUGUUAUGUACCUAUGUAUUAAUAUUGUUAAGUAAUAAAACAAAUUAUAGAUUAUUGUAUUAAGGCUUGACUGAUCUCAUGUGGGAAAAUAUUUUUAUAACAUUGCAGAAUUAUAAUUGUAAGUUUUGUAUGAAAUUAAACUAUUUCUUUAAAGUGCCUUAAAGUAGACUCGUAUUUUUUUAAUAUAAAUAAACAAUGAUAAUGACAUCAACAUCGCAAGAUGAAUAAAUUAUUUCCAAUUAA